AUGGCCGCGCAAUCCAAGCCCGCCAGGCCCAACCCGAGCGCAGAAACCGACGGCCUCAAGAACAAGUGCGCCGAACACGCCACCGACUACUACGCCGCCGCCGCCCUCCGCAACCAACAGAAACUCCCGGAGUGCAUCCUCGCCGCCAACAAGAACGUGAGGCAUCUCGUCGAGUGCGGCGGGAGUCACUUCUUCCUGCUGCGCAACCUCAUCCUGGUCAUGGACGCUGAGAAGAACUGGUGGAAGGCAGAGGCCGCCGAAUUAGUCUACGCAGAGGCCGCCGGACGUCUCACCGACGCGGACGAAGAGGUGAAAGUCUUGUUCCGGGGUGUCAGGAAGGGCUUGGACAUGAUGAAGACGGGGCUCGAGAGGUAUGGCAAGGAGAUCCAUGCAAAGAUCUUGAAGGAUGUGAAAGAUGGGAAGGUGGAGGUGGAGGGAGCGGGUGCUGAUGCCAUGGUGGAAGACCUCCGCAACAGGGCCCAAGUGGACUUUGCUCGUGUGCACACGGCCUGGAGCGGGGAUGGCGAUGGGCCGGGGAAGAAGAGUGAGGGGAGUGGCAACGAGGAAAGUGGUGUGAAAGAUUAUAAAGGGGUGCUCACCAUCUUGAAGCAGGCUGGUGGGAAGGACUAG